AUGGGCGGGAAGACUGUGUUGCUGGUGGUGGCGGCGCUGACGGUGCUGAGCCUGCGCGUCCAGGCUGACAUCAACGCUGACGGAGCUGCAGCUAUGACUGCAAUACGCAACAAUAAUGCUUCGCUGGCAUUGCAACUCAUUAACAACAACCCAGCUUUAGCCUCCUGGUCUGACGCUGACAAUCAAACACUGCUGAUUCUCGCCAGCGCAAUGGGAAUGUCAUCUGUUGUGCAGAGACUUGUUGAUCUUGGCGCCAACCUGGAAGCUACAACUAAUCAACAACCAGGUGCCACACCCCUGAUACUUGCCACCCGCAGUUGUUGCACAGAAUGUAUUAGUGCACUGGUCAAGGCGGGGAGUAACGUCAACGCUCAAAACUCGCUUGGAUGGUCACCAUUAAUUUUGGCUGCUUGGUACUGCGAGAGCCAAGAACAGGUCCUUCUAGAUGCAGGAGCGAAUAUAAACCUCACAGAUAACUCUGGCAAUACAGCGCUCAUCAUUGGUGCUUACUUCGGGACGACUUAUUCAAUACAUACCCUGAUGGCUGCCGGGGUCAACAUUAACGCUCAGAAUAUGUUCGGGGCAACUGCAGUAAUGGCCAUAUCAUUAGAUGGGUCACCAAAUCUCGCCGCCCUCUUGACCUACUGCCCUGACCUCACACUCACAACCAGUGAUGGAGCGUCUGUAUUAUGCGAGGCUGUUGUAAUGUGUGAGAGCGCAGUCCCGCUCCUGAUAAAGGCUGGAGCGAAUGUGAACCUCGCAGAUAAUGAUGGGUCGACUGCAGCUAUGUCUGCGGUAUUUGAUGGGGCAUCAGCACUCCCCGAACUUUUGGCCUACUGCCCUGACCUCACACUCACAGACAAUAAUGGAAGGACAGCGCUUCAGAUUAUGAUCUCUCAAGGUUUCAGUGUAAAUGCUGCUCUUAUUCAAGCCAAGUUGGACAACAUGUGUUCGUUUGGUAACACCAACUACAGCCUGGGGGCCGUCAGGUGA